AUGUUAUUCUUUUUCAUAUUAUCUUUACCACUAUUGAAAUAUGUUUUUGUUUAUGAUAGAAUACGAUAGGGCAACGAAAACCUACAAGUGUUUUGUAUUUUUCAUCGAAAAAUCGUAAUGGGGCUGUGUUCGUCGUGCUUCAAAGGAUCCACGGAGGAACUGAUUACGCCCGAUGUAGAUGUUCGGCGACAGCAACAACGUGAAGCUGCGGAGCGACGAAGAAUAGAACAGGAAUCACGGGGAAUCAAAGAUAUGGAUAAAGUUCGUAGACAACAACAACGAGAAAAGGAGCUAGAGCGUCGAGAACAGGAGGCCAGUCGAUUGGGUCAGAUGGGACAACCUACGUUGAAGUGGCAACAAGAUUAAGUUUGGCAGUCAAAACCGAUCCCCAUUUUUGAAGUCUAUGAAAAAGAACCAGUUUUACACCUUUGUCUGUUGUAUUGUAUGUAUCGUGUUGUGAAUUUUUGUUUGAUUUCAAAUAUACGUGAAAGUAAAUUUUAAGC